UCUCUCAACUCUCUUCUUCUAACCUCCAAACCCAUUACUCUGUUUUCGACCCCCCUUGAAUGCUCCAAAAAAUAAAUGGCUUCUCCCCUGUUAUUGCUCUUGUUCAUGAUGCUCUUGAUUUCACAUCCAUCAUCACAAAUGGUACUACUGCCUCUAACACACUCUCUUUCCCAAACGCAAUUCAACAGUACCCACCACCUCCUCAAAUCCACCUCCACCCAUUCAGCAGCUCGCUUCCGCCACCAACGCCACCACCACCGCCAACGACAGCUCUCUCUGCCACUCUCACCAGGCAGCGACUACACGCUCUCAAUCAACCUAGCCUCAAAUACAGAACCCAUAACUCUCUACAUGGACACAGGAAGCGACCUAGUUUGGUUCCCAUGUGCCCCUUUUGAAUGCAUACUCUGCGAAGGUAAGUCCAACCCUUCUUCUACUUUCACUAAACCAACAAACAUAUCCCAAAGCGUCGCCGUUUCAUGCAAGUCCCCUGCAUGCUCCGCAGCACACAACUCCAUCUCUUCCUCUGAUCUCUGCGCAAUGGCUCAUUGCCCCCUCGAAUCAAUUGAAAUCUCUGAUUGUGCUUCUUCCUCGUGUCCACCCUUUUACUAUGCUUAUGGUGAUGGAAGCUUAAUCGCUCGCCUCUAUCGAGAUACCCUUUCUCUCUCUUCUCUUCUUCUCAAAAACUUCACCUUUGGCUGUGCUCACACCACCCUCGCCGAACCCACCGGAGUCGCUGGGUUUGGUCGCGGUUUACUCUCUCUCCCUGCUCAGCUAGCUACCCUUUCUCCCCAACUGGGAAACCGCUUCUCUUACUGUUUGGUUUCUCACUCGUUCGACUCGGAACGAGUUCGCCGACCCAGUCCUCUUAUUCUCGGUCGUUACGACGGCGAAGAGAAGAGGAUUGGUAGUGGCGGCGGUAGUGAAAUGGCUGAGUUUGUUUACACGCCUAUGCUUGAAAACCCGAAGCAUCCUUAUUUCUACUGCGUUGGGCUCGCCGGAAUCUCUGUUGGGAAAAGGACAAUUCCUUCGCCGGAGAUGCUGACGAGGGUGAACGGGAGAGGCGACGGCGGCGUGGUUGUGGACUCCGGCACGACGUUCACGAUGUUGCCGGCGGGUUUUUAUGACUCGGUGGUGGCCGAGUUUGACCGACGAGUUGGACGAGUUCACGAGCGCGCGAGUGGGGUUGAGGAGAAAACGGGACUCGGGCCGUGCUAUUACUUCGACGGCGUGGUGGCUGCGAGAGUGCCGGCGGUGACUCUGCGUUUUUCAGGGGGGAAUUCCAGUGUGGCGCUGCCUAGGAAGAAUUACUUCUACGAGUUUUUCGACGGUGGUGAUGGAGUGAGAAGCAAGAGGAGAGUGGGAUGUUUGAUGCUGAUGAACGGUGGUGAUGAGGCUGAGUUAAGCGGUGGACCCGGGGCCACACUUGGGAAUUAUCAACAGCAGGGCUUUGAAGUCGUGUAUGACCUGGGAAAGAAGCGCGUGGGCUUCGCCAGGAGGCAGUGCUCGUCGCUUUGGAACAGGCUCAACCAAGACAAAAACUAGCCCAAGCUGCACCCACUGGAUUCCUGCUGUGGUUUCACUCAAGGGUCGGGUCAUUCUGUAAAUGGGUAUGUGUAGACUGUUGUGUAUGUACGUUGUAGUACUCAUAAUAGGAAAUAUUUACACUCUUGUACGUCAUUUUUUGAAGUUUGAACAGCUAAAAAA